CUCUUCCUUACCACUAUUAUCCUGCAAUGCUCGACCCUCAUUUUUUGAUAUUCUGGCGAGAGAUGGUUUGCAAGGAUCUUAACGAUUUAAUCCCUUGAACGAUGCCUUGUGCUUGGAUGAAUUGCUAAAAACUUUCUGAUAUUCGGAAUGUCAGGCCCGGCUCCCUGACGCGUCGAAUUUUCCAUAGCGUUCAGACCGGUGGAUGACAGGCGAACGAAACCUCUUUUUUUGCCUCGGAGCACCUGCGCAGUGUGUGUGAAUCCGAUAUUUUUCAAUAAUACCUCUGCUGCGUCUUUCCUAACGGCCAUCGUUCUCUGAAAUAAAAUGUUACAUAAAGAGGCCAUUUUCUCUCCCAUUUCUUGUCUCGCUAACUAUGCUCAUCGUGAUAUCCUUGCUCUGCUGUGCUCUCUUGGCUGCUUCAGCUCCCGAGGUCCAACUGGGCAAGACCAAGCUCGUUGGAAGAGAUCUUACAGGACUACAGCAAGAGUUCUUUGGAGGGAUUCCAUUCGCUGAACCUCCGGUUGGCACCUUGCGCUUGGAGCGCCCUGUAUUGAAAACGAACAUUGAUGCCGAUGAAUUCGACGCCCAAAAUUUUGGACUAGCCUGUUUACAGGAGGGCCUUGAAACCGAUGAGAUAUCAGAGGAUUGUUCGACCAUCAACAUAUUUAGGCCGACGGGAGUGUCUUCUGAGGACUUAUUGCCCGUGAUGUUCUGGACUUAUGGUGGCGGUUUCUCUGCAGGCGCUUCGUCGUCGUACAAUGGAAGCAAUAUCGUUGCCCAGAGUGUUACUAGAGGAACUCCCAUCAUCUAUGUGAACUACAAUUAUCGGCUAGGGCCAUUAGGCUUCCCUCAAGGACAAGAAGCCGGAGACAGAGGACAGGUCAACCUUGGAGUCCGGGAUGUGUUGACUGCCUUGGAAUGGGUUCAAGGGAACAUUGGUUUGUUCGGUGGUGAUAAAACCAAGGUGACAAUUUUCGGAGAAAGUGCUGGAUCCAUGUUGACAAAUAUGAUGCUUCUAAACGCGUCGAUUUCCAACUUUGCCAGGGCUGCGAUCUCUGAGUCUGGUUCUGCAUCUUCCCCCGUCUAUUAUAACGCAUCUACACGCGAAUCUGUCUGGCAGAACUUUGUAGCAGGGACACCAGGCUGCGAGUCUGUCGCUGACACACAGAACACUUUCCCCUGUUUGCAGGCCGCAAAUACGUCGGCUAUAUAUCAAGGAAUGGUGGAGGCCUAUGCGUUGGCCAUCGAAAGUCCUACCUUUUAUCCUGUCCUAGAUGGUCCUUCAGGCCUCUUUCCCGAUCUGCCUUCACGUAUGUGGGCAAAGGGCGAGUUUGCCACGAUUCCUUUUAUAUCAGGCACGAACUUAGAUGAAGGAACAGUCGGCCUAUCGACAAAUACUAGUUUUACCGAUGAGGUCAUCAAGGAUUACAUUCAAAAAACAUACUCGGCAUUCCCACCUUACAUCUCUGAUGAUAUUCUGGACCGGCUUAUCGAACUGUACCCUGACAACCCUUCCUUGGGCUCGCCAUAUGGUACCGGAAAUGAUACAUUUGGGUUGCCCGUAGGCUAUAAGAGAGUGGCAUCCAUGACUGGGGACUUGACCUUUGAUGCUCAGCGUCGGACAUGGACACAGACUGCUGCGCAAGCAGGCGUGAAGGCGUACGGAUACCAAUUUACGCAAAAUGCCUCGUCGGUCGCAGCGUACUUGGGAGUUCCUCAUGCGUCGGAACUAGACUUUAUCUAUGGACUAUUGAACUCCUCCACGGAGCCCGCUUCGUCGAUCUUGUUGGGCGAAAUGAUGGUCGACUAUUGGGUUUCGUUUGCAACAAGCUUGGAUCCCAACGAUGGCUUAGGAACGUCUCGUCCGAACUGGCCACAGUACACGCCGGAGAAUGAGGUGCUCCUACAAUUACAUGGCGACAAUACGACAGUCAUUCUGGAUGAUUAUCGGGAGGAAGCGAUCUCGUUCUAUAGGGAUAACGCUGACGCUUUCCACCGGUAAAGCAAAC